GGAAAAUUGUUGCCAUGGGAAAGUGCUAUCCAUGUGUGAGCGAGGAGUACAACAAGGCUGUUGAAAAAUGCAAGAGGAAGCUAAGGGGUUUCAUCGCUGAGCAGCACAUUGCUCCUUUGAUCCUCCGUUUGGCAUUUCACUCUGCUGGGACUUACGACGUGAGAACAAAAACAGGAGGGCCGUUUGGCACCAUAAGGGACCCUAAGGAGCUCGCUGACGGAGCGAACAACGGCAUGGAAAUCGGAGUCGGGCUGCUGGAGCCAAUCAAGGAGCAGUUUCCCAUCCUGUCUUAUGCAGACUUCUACCAGUUGGCUGGAGUUGUUUCUGUAGAAGUCACAGGGGGGCCUGAGAUCCUUUUUCACCCUGGAAGACCGGACAAAUCUGAUGUACCUCCACAAGGUCGUUUGCCUGACGGCAGAAGAGGAGAGCCUAGCCAUCUGAGAGACGUAUUUCAUCGUAUGGGGCUCAGCGACAAAGAUAUUGUCAUUCUAUCCGGAGCUCAUACCUUGGGAAGGGCUCACAGGGAGCGAUCUGGAUUCGAGGGACCUUGGACCAACAAUCCUCUCAUUUUCGACAAUAACUACUUCAAGGAACUCCUUAGCGGAGAGAAGGAAGGUCUCGUCCAGCUGCCAUCCGACAAAGCUCUUUUGAUCGAUCCCGUCUUCCGCCCUCUAGUUGAAAAAUAUGCUGCGGACGAGGAUGCGUUUUUCGCAGAUUAUGCUGAUGCUCAUUUGCAUCUCUCUGAGCUUGGGUGGUAUAAGGAAUCGCAUUAAAUUUGCUAAUUCUGAUUAAAAGGGGCGGCCUGGAAAUGAUCAACAUUUGGAUGCUACUGUACAAGAUUUCUCUGAGUUUUCUGUUUUAGUUUCUCCGCGACUCUCCGUGUAACUUGGCUUGUAAUUUGGUGACUGUGUUUUCAGGGUGUAUUUUACUAUCUUCUUCUUGUUUACUAAAUCCAAGUGACUUGAAUAAACAAUGUGUAAUGUGUUGUGUGUAAUAUAAUACUGCAGUAUUGUGCAA